AUGAGUAAGAUCACAUUUUACGAGGACAGGAACUACCAGGGUCGCUCCUAUGAGUGCGACAUCGACUGCCCUGACAUGCAUCCCCACUUCAGCCGCUGCAACUCCAUCAAGGUGGAGAGCGGCUGCUGGGUGCUGUAUGAGAAGCCCAACUACACCGGCUACCAGUAUGUCCUGACCAGGGGCGAUUACCCAGACUACCAGCGCUGGAUGGGCUACAACGACACCAUCCGCUCCUGUCGUACUUUCUCCUAUACCAGCGAGGGCCCUUACCGCAUGCGCAUCUACGAGCGUCCCAACCUCCAGGGUCAGAUGAUGGAGUUCAGCGAUGACUGCGAGUCGGUGCAGGAUCAUUUCCGCAGCCGUGACAUCUACUCCUGCAACGUCAUGGAGGGCUACUGGACCCUCUACGAGCACCCCAACUACCGCGGCCGGCAGUACUUCAUGAGGCCCGGAGAGUACCGCAAGUUCAGUGACUGGGGGGCCACCUGCGCCACCACCGGGUCCUUCCGCAGAAUCACAGAUUUUUAA